CUGGAUAAAAAAACAUCUCCGUUGACAGUAAAGUUGUAGAUUCUGCUGUUUAGAAUGAAGUUCUUUGUUUUUCUGGUCCUCCUGGGUCUACACAGCGCAGCAGCAGUGACUCACUCUCUGAAGUAUUUCUUCACUGCGUCCUCUCAAGUCCCAAACUUCCCAGAGUUUGUGAUGGUUGGGAUGCUCGAUGAUGUUCAGAUAAAUCACUAUGACAGCAACACCAUGAGACUAGAACCCAAACAGGACUGGAUGAACAGAGUCACAGAAGAUGAUCCACAGCACUGGGAGUGGCACACUGCCAGAACUGUGGAUAACCAUCAGCUCUUCAAAGGCUACAUUGAAACUUUAAAGCAUCGUUUCAACCAAACUGGAGGUGGCCAUAUUUUCCAGUGGGUGAUUGGCUGCGAAUGGGACGAUGAGACUGGAGAUGUUAAUGGUUUCAGACUGGUUGGUUUCGAUGGAGAAGACUUCCUAUCAUGGGAUGUGAAGACAAAUACAUGGAUCGCUCCAAAACAACAGGCUGUUAUCACCAAAAACAGUUGGAACAAUGACAAAGCACAGCUAGCAUAUUAUAAGUACAUCCUCACCCAGGAGUUCCCUGACUUGCUGAAGAAGUAUCUGAACUACGGGAGGAGCUCUCUGAUGAGAACAGGUAGAAUCACAUGA